GUCCAUUUCAGCUGUUAAAAAGGCUGCUGCCGCUGCCGCUGCCGCUUCCUCUCCUCUAUCAACUCCUAUAAAGAGAGAACCUGAGAUCUGAGUGAAAAUGGGAAGCAAAUGGCAGAAAGCAAAGAUGGCUUUAGGACUCAACCUCUGCGUCUAUCCCCCUCAAACGCUGGAAGACUCUCCUACGGUCGCCGCACUCCCCGGACGAUUCUCCGACGUCGUUUCUCCGACGACGUCACUUUCCCUGGUAGGCGACGGCCCCUACCGGCCGACCACGCCGACUCCGUCGUCCUCCGGUCUUCGUUUGUCCAAAGGAGGAUCUAAGGCUUCAAAGAGGACUUGUGCAAUAUGCCUGACCUGCAUGAAACCAGGCCAGGGCCAUGCCAUAUUUACUGCAGAAUGUUCGCAUGCCUUCCACUUUCAUUGCAUUACCUCUAAUGUAAAACAUGGAAACCAAAGUUGCCCAGUUUGUAGAGCAAAAUGGAAGGAAAUCCCUUUCCAAAGUCCUGCUUCUGAUCUUUCUCAUGGAAGGGUAAGAAUCAACCCUGUUGAUGAUGGUUGGAUGACUGUGUUACGUCGGCUUCCUCCUCCUCGCAUAGACGUCAAUCGUCACUUAUCAUCACUCUUUCAAUCCCCUGAGCCCAGUGUAUUUGAUGAUGAUGAAGUCUUAGAUCACCAAUCCGAGAUUUCCAAGGAAAACUCAUCUACUGAAGAUGCUGCUGGUGUAAAUUCUAUUGGAAAAAUAGAAGUCAAAACAUACACAGAAGUCUCAGCUGUCCCUCAAUCAACAUCGCACGCAAACUUCACUGUCUUGGUUAAUCUCAAGGCUCCACUAACAAGUGGAAGACAGAAUUGCAGCAGUAACCAGGUUAAUUUGCCGCCAAUUUCUCAUAAUUCUCGUGCACCGGUUGACCUUGUCACUGUGCUUGAUGUCAGUGGCAGCAUGGCAGGGACCAAGCUUGCUCUGCUAAAGCGAGCAAUGGGUUUUGUGAUACAGAACCUAGGCCCCUCUGAUCGACUCUCUGUCAUUGCCUUCUCCUCAACAGCUCGUCGACUCUUUCCCCUUCGUAGAAUGACUGAAACUGGAAGGCAGCAGGCACUGCAAGCUGUGAACUCACUCAUUUCAAAUGGUGGAACAAACAUUGCUGAAGGCCUAAAGAAGGGUGCAAAGGUAAUGAUUGACCGGAAGUGGAAGAACCCAGUUAGCAGUGUCAUUUUGUUAUCUGAUGGGCAGGAUACAUAUACUGUCAUCAGUCCUGGGGGAGCCCGUCCCCAAACUGAUUACCAGUCUCUCCUCCCUUUCUCCAUUCAACGAAAUAAUGGUGGUGGUGGUGAUGUUGUCAGCGACAGCACAGGCCUCCAGAUUCCUGUGCAUGCUUUUGGGUUUGGGGCUGACCAUGAUGCUGCCUCAAUGCACUCAAUUUCUGAAGCAUCUGGUGGUACAUUUUCUUUCAUAGAAGCAGAGGGUGUCAUUCAGGAUGCAUUUGCACAGUGCAUUGGGGGCCUAUUGAGUGUGGUGGUGCAAGAACUGCAGGUGGGAAUUGAGUGUGUUCACCCAAGUUUGCAACUUGGUUCAAUAAGAGCAGGAAGCUACAAGACCACCAUGAUGGCUGAUGCAAGAAUGGUUCUUGUUGAUGUUGGAGAUUUGUAUGCUGAAGAAGAGAGGGACUUUCUGGUAACCGUCAAUGUUCCAGCUGAUGUGCACAAUAGUGAGAUGUCUUUGUUGAAAGUUAGAUGUGUUUACAGAGACCCCAUUACAAAAGAAAUGGUGAAUCUGGUAGAAGCCAAUGAAGUAAAAAUUCAGAGGCCUGAAAUGGCAGGACAACUGGUUAUGUCGAUGGAAGUGGACAGGCAGCGAAAUAGGCUGCGAGCAGCGGAGGCAAUGGCAGAAGCAAGAGCUGCUGCUGAACGUGGUGAUCUAACUGGUGCUGUCUCUGUUUUGGAAAGUUGUCGGCAGGUAUUGUCUGAAACCAUGUCUGCACUAGCUGGCGACCGGCUAUGUGUUGCAUUGGAUGCUGAGUUAAAGGAAGUGCAAGAGAGGAUGGCCAAUCAAAAUGUCUACGAGGCUUCUGGAAGGGCCUAUAUUCUUUCAGGGUUGAGUUCACACUCAUGGCAGCGGGCUACUGCACGAGGUGAUUCCACCGAUAGUGCAAGCCUUGUGCAAGCUUAUCAAACCCCGUCCAUGGUUAACAUGGUGACCCGAUCUCAAACUAUGCCCUUUGGUGAUCCACUGCCUCGACCUAGGGUCAGGCCAGCCCGGUCAUUUGCAGAACGACUGCAGCCUAGGGGAAGUGCACAGGAUUGUUAGCUCACCACCAGCCCUGAAAGUGUACUCUGAAGCAAAAAUAUCAGCAAUACCAUUAAGCUUCUAGGGAAUGCCUGUUGCGUAAACAGUAGUUGCUGAACAUGAUAUGUUUAAUGCUUUUAUUUGUUUAUUUAUAAAAUAAUUCAUAUUAAAAUUUUUAAUAGUUAAUUUUUUUACU